AAUUUGAUUGGCUGUUUGCCAAGUAGGCCUACGCUACUGUUGCCAUAUUGUCACGUAGCCUAUGUUGGCAGUCAGGCACCAUGAACAACGAGUGGAUUAUGUUGCACAGCACACAUUUGAAAGUCUGUCUUUUUAAGAAACACAUCUGUGAUUAAACACCUCGUGCCGACCAGCCGCGGGUUACUGUUGUCAUCCAAACCUCUGAUAGGAAUCAGCAGAUUCACGGUGGAGUGAUUCGUCAGGACAAAAUGGCUACCUGCUAACGUUAGCUUGUCAAAGAUGACGCUUUUUUUGUUGCUUCCUGUGUGUUUUAUUCGGAAGGAGAUGACACCUGGUCAAGAACAAGCUUUCAGAAUAUUCUGCUUUUUACUGAGAGGAUUACCAAACACGGAAGCAGCAGGACCACGCAGUAGAAUUGGGCCAACACAGCCUAGCGUUAGCUACGCAAAGCGACAGCGCAUACAAACGGGGGACUUGCGCAGCAAACUGAGGAGAGCAGGGUGUGAGAGAGUCUGCACAGGGUCCCAUGGCUGUGCAGGAGCUGGGCAUCAGCCUGUCCAUGAUCGGCGUCGCCGGGACCAUCCUGAUCUGCGCUCUGCCCAUGUGGAAGGUGACGGCCUUUAUCGGCACCCAUCUGGUGGUCAUGCAGGUGUUCUGGGAAGGUCUUUGGAUGACCUGUGUCAGUGAGUACACAGGUCAGAUGCAGUGUAAGCUCUACGAUGCCUUGCUGGAUCUGUCGCCCGACCUCCAGGCGGCACGCGGCCUCAUCUGCAUCAGCGUGGUGCUGGGGUGUUUGGGAUUCCUCAUCUUCCUUCUGGGAGCCCGCUGCACCAACUGCCUGAGCCACCCGAGGAUCAAAGCUCGGGUGGUGGUGAGCUCAGGGGCCAUCUUCUGCCUGGCAGCGCUCGCCACCAUCGUUGCCGUUUCCUGGACGGCCAACUCCAUCAUCAACGACUUCCACAACCCACGCGUCCCCGAGGUGCUGAAGAGGGAGCUCGGGGCAGCCAUAUACAUCGGCUUUGUGACAUCUGGGCUGCUGUUCUGUGGGGGGGCCAUUUUGUGCACAAGCUGUCCACCACAGAGGGCCAGGUUCCCUUCCAGUGGGUACACACCGGCCAGGACAAACACACACGGCAGCUAUGCCAUCAAGAACUACGUGUGAAGUGAGGGCUGAACAGGCCGAUGGAAUUAGACCAUAGAUAUUAAAAAACAUAGCAUGUUUAUUAAUACAUAAUUUUCUGCACAUCUUUAUAUGUUUUCGCCUCUCCAAUCAACUUUUUGCUGUUCCUCAGAGCAAUGUUUGGACCGACCCAUUUUGCUGAGUAUUUCAGUGUGAAAUUCACUAUAACCAGCAUGCACAACAUUUGCUUCCUUUCUUAUCUUAAAUAUAGGCCAUAAUUGACACCUGUUUCUUCACAGAAUCAAUCACCUCACUAAUUGAACACAACACUGCUAUUAUUUUGAACAUGCCCCUUUCAAUUACAGAUUCUCACACAGAAUGAGCAGCAUGCAAUUAUUUUGAACAUAACUGUUUUUCAUUGUAUGUCUGGUACAACUAUAAUUAUCUGACAUCUUUUGUAAUAGCUGCAAUCUGUCAAAUUAAACCACAAUAUGGAUACCCCUGGUCUUAUGAACAAUGACCGUUGCAUAUUCAUUCCACAAGGAAAGCCAGAGAAUUGAUUUGUAGGCUACCCAUGUAGCUUAAUUUGCAUGCAUUUUUAACCAGUAGAAAAAUGACAUCAAUCAUGUUUAACUUAGCAUUUCUUGUGAAAAUAUAAACAGAGAAGAUGUGCCAUGCUUAAAGCUUGUGUGAUUCAUUCAUUCAUUCGUAGAUAGAAGUGGAUCUUACAAUUCAAAACCCCAUUCUUCUUUUCCUA